GUGGUUUCUUGCGUCAUCAUUUUUAUGCUGCUACUUGUGUGCUGAUGCAGAGUGAAGGGUGGAAGACAAACCAAAGUAUGUCCUAACGCUCCGGCUUUUACAUGUCAGCUCCACUGCAACGCAGCCCACAGAGGAAACAACCUGCACCCAACAACAUGCACUGAAGCAAAGGAAGCAGAAGCAGCAGCAGCAGCAGCAGCAGCACAGUCAAAUCUCUGAAAUGUGCAGUGUCUCCACAAAGUUACAUUAGCCAAGUUGGUCAACACCAUCCAGCGCAGACAGCCAGAGAAGGUCUCAAACUGAACGGGUUGGUCUGAAUGUGAGGUGGAAACAGAACACAGGAAGAGAUGCGAAGAGUUCGACGAAAAGGAGCAAACAAAGAGAAGGUGUUUGGAUGUGAUCUGCUGGAGCAUCUGAACGCCUCCUCGCAAGAGAUUCCUCAGGUGUUGCGAUGCUGCAGUGAGUUUGUGGAGCACAAUGGGAUCGUGGAUGGAAUCUACAGGCUGUCUGGAGUGUCGUCCAACAUUCAGAAGCUCAGGGGGGAGUUUGAGAACGACGGGAAUCCGGACCUGAACAAGGAUGUGUACUUGCAGGACAUCCACUGUGUCAGCUCUCUGUGCAAAGCUUAUUUCAGAGAGCUGCCAAACCCUCUGCUCACGUACCAGCUGUACGACAAGUUCGCUGAGGCUGUUGCCAUCCAGCUGGAGGAGGAGCGGCUGGUUAAGAUCAGAGAUGUGCUGAAAGAACUACCAGCACCACAUUACAGGACUCUUCAGUUUCUGAUGCGUCAUCUCGUCAAAAUGGCUUCGUAUUCCUCAGAGACCAACAUGCACGCCAGGAACCUCGCCAUCGUCUGGGCUCCCAACCUGCUCAGGUCGAAGGACAUCGAGGCGUCUGGAUUCAACGGUACAGCAGCCUUCAUGGAGGUCAGGGUUCAGUCCAUCGUGGUGGAGUUUAUCCUCACACACGUCCCUCAGCUGUUUCCCGAACAAGGUGUGUCAAACGAGAGGAGGAAGUCCCUCCCUUCGCCGACAGCCGUUCCCAAUCAGGACGAAGCCUUCUUCAAGUCCGGUCACACUCAGCCGAUCGCCAACUUCGGGAACAUCAGUCCAGGAGAUGGUCCUCUUCGUAUUCGACCCUACCACGCGAUCAUCGAGGGCACAGACAAGAGGAAAGGAUCUCUCAAAGGCAGGAAGUGGAUGUCCAUCUUCAACAUUGGAGGACGGUUUCCUGACCCCCGGAGGAGACACAAACACUCAGCCAAAGAGAAAGAAAUUACUCCUUUGAGACCCGCAAGAAGCAUGGACUCCCUGAGCACCCCGACUUUUCCAGCUGAAGGUUCCAGACGUUCUGCCCAGCGUCCUCCUUCCACCCACAUGUCUCCCAUCGUCGCUCAACCACCUCCGUCUGCCCCAGAUGUCUCAGUAUCUGGAGGUGCAAUAGGCAACAGUGAAUACGCUGUGACCUACCGCAGGGGAACUGGUUUAGUAAGCGGAGGCGCAGGAACUCAGGGAACGUACACAGCUCUCGACCCAGAAGGUUUAGGGAUCCCAGGAAACGAGGGCGUCCAGUCCAGAUCCCCGGGACUUUCCACUAAAGUCGGCCGAAGGGCAGCCAUGCACAUCACGGGGCCCACCAUAGUUACUGUGCCACUACAUAUCACCUCCAACCUGGCGUUAGGGGUUCUGCAGGGGGGUGGCAGCGACAGGGUCAUCCACAGGGGAAGAGAUAAGGAUGGAGGGGACAGGGUGGAGGGUAAGGAGGGAGGAGAGAAGGCGGAAAAGAAGGAAAGCAGAGGAGUGGAACGGAAGGUGGAAGAAGGUAGGAAGGAUAAGGCAGAAGACAAAAGUCAAAACAGGGAAGGAGUUGUGGUUGUGGAGGGGAGUGCAGCGGCAGCAGGUGGUGCUGGCGAGGAAAAAGGUGAAGAAGCAGAAGAGGAGGAAGGCGAGGAGGUGAGGGGAGAUUGUGAGUCGAAGCAGGAGGAGCCGAUGGAAGGUCAAAGUGUGUCCAGAGAGCAGCGGAACAAAAGCCUCAACUCCAACACCGAGGGAGACGCUGCAGAUGAUGACCAAGAUGAAUAUAUGGACAUGAAAGGAAGGGAACCGGCUGAUCUUCAGCCUGCAGCGACUCAACACAGCGACGACGGCGUGUUUGAAGCCUCUGACAUCCUCAACUCAACGGAGGUGCAGGAGGACGACCAGGAGCUGUCAGGCUACGUUCAGGACAGCUUUGAAUUCCUGGACCAAAUGGACUGCAGCGUCCUGGACCACAUGGACUGCAGUGUGUCCUAUCAGGUGAAUGAGUUCUCCGUUGAACCUCCUGGACACUCAGACGAUGAGUACGAAGUCAUGGAACAAGCUCAACCUCCCCAUCUCCCUGCAGAGCUACUCUUGGCUGAAGCUGAACCACACAACCAGACCGAGUUAAAGCCACACAGACCGCUCAGCAUCGACAUCCCCAGUCGACACACUAAAUCCCUCAGCUUGCCUUACAUGACUUCACCGAUCCACGGACCGGAGGACUCUUGCUCUGAGGAGGAGGAUGUAGACGACAACUUUGAUGAUAAUAAUUACAGCAGUGAUGACGACGAUGAGAGCAUGUUUAUUAAAAGCCUUCCAACAGAUUUUUUUUUAAGCACUCUGGCCGGGUUUGAACCCGACGCUGACAGAUCCACAACUGAUUCUGCGCAUCACCUACAGAGCUCUGAGGAAAGAGACUGUCAGACACUGAGCCCUGAACUUUCUGCAUGUAAAGAAACAACUACUGGAGAUCAGGAAAAGGUGAAACGAGAAGAAGAUGAAGACAAAGUGGAAGAAAAGCGGAUAACAACAAAUGAAGAGGAAGCUCACCAAGGACCAGACCAGCAGGAUGACGAUAUGGAAAGCAGAGAAACAGAGGAACACCUGAGCAGCCUGACAGAUGCGCCAAGUGAAAAAUCUCUCACUUUAGAGGAAUCAGCACCCUGCUGUGAAGAUCUUCCGCUGCCGAGCGACGAGGACAACCACGAAUCAAGCUCUGCGGCUGACAUCAAAGUCGAGGAGGAGAUUGAAAUUUCACCUCGAGAUGAGCUUUGUGCUGCACAGCCAGAAACUGCUCAUGUUUCAUUAGAGGAGUCCGGGGACUUUUCUGAAAUGACAUCCAGUAGUUGUGUUAGAGAGGAGACACGCUGUGGGGAAGCAGAGGACAGCACGGUAGACAAAGAGAUAGACGACAUGUGCCAGCAGUUUCUUCUGGAAAUACAAGAAAGCAAUGAAAUUGUGCGGGAAGAACCCACAGAGGGAGCUGGUGAGGAAACAGAUGAAGAGCAGGAGAGUGCAAUCUGUAGGACAAACAGUGACAUUUGGGAUGAACUUGAGGACGUUAUAUGUGAAGUGAUAGAGGACAAGGAAAAUGAGCAGUCUGAGAGGGAGGGUGUAGCUGGACAGGCAGAUGUGGUCAAAGAGGAGGAGGAAGGAGAUCAGACAGCAAAGGUUUUAGAAGAGAAGAUGGUGGAAGUUCAACAAGAAGAGAGAAACAAGACAGACGUGAGAACAGAGGCAGAGGAUGAGAGUAAGCUGACAGACCCAGAGGAAGAUGAAACUUGCCUUCCAAAGAAAAGUGAGUUAGAACAAACAACCGAGGAGAAACAGGCCUUCAGUGAAGAAGCACAGCAUCACGACGGAGGAGAAGUGAUUUCAAAACAGCCAGAAAAAGAGAACAAUGACGAUGAGCAACGCAGGACAGAGCCGAGUGCAGAUAAACAACUAAAGGAGGUCAGAUCUGAUACGACGAAAGAGAGCACAAAGUGUGAGAGAAGCGACCUCGGAGGCGUCGGGAGGCAGCUGGUCGUCUCCAAACAGCCCAAAGUUUACCAAGUAAAAGCGGUGCCGGUGGUGCCUCCGAAGCCUCAGCACUGCAAAAUCACGGCGUUGACAAUCCGGCAACAGCAGCAGCAGCAAAGAGGGAGGAGAGAAAACUCAGCCAGAGUCCCGACAGAGCAGGAAAGAGUCUGUGCAGCAGAACAGGUGAGAGACGACGAGAGGAACGAGAAGCCGACGCUCAGAGGGGGCGACAGGGAGCGACGGAGGGACGGGACCGAAGGCGCCGCCAGCAGAAACAGCCCCCUCAGCAUGUGUUUCGAUGAGGCCGUCGCCAUAGCAACCAUGAGGCGGGAAAAGGAGAGAGCGCGAGAAGGAGAUGGAGAUGCAGACGGGUCGGGGAAGUGAAGUGCAGCAAACGUUUCUGUACAGUAUAUCGAUUUAAACAUAUGUUUCUGUACAAACUAUGUAGCAUAAAAGGCUGUGUUUUCUUAUGUUGCCUGAGGAUUGUGUUUCAGUAUAACUUACAGGAUUGCUCAUCUAAUGCAGCUGAAGAUGUUUAAGGUGGUGCAGUCAGGAAACUAGUAGUUUUUUUUCAGUAUAUUUGGGAGAAAAGACUUUUUCCCAUUAGUUAGAAGGUUAAAUAGGACAAAGAGACGAUGACUGAUAUGCAACAGAGGAAUUAAAGGAGAAGUUCUGCUUCAACACCAACAAACUGCAUUUUUUUUUUCAUCUAAACUUGUGUGAAGUCUGUAAAACAAAACAUCCCAUAUGUUUAAGUCAAUUUAGAUCUAAAAAUUUAAACGUUUUCAUUGUUAAAUAUAUUGCAAUAUUCUCACUAUAGAAUAUUUUCUAAUUAUAAAGUGAAUAUGUAUAUAAACCGUUUAUAAAGAAAAAGGUUGGCAAAUAUAGAGCGAGAUGAAGAAUUAAAUGUUUUAUUACACUGAAUAUAAUUUCUGCAGGAGUUUUUUGGAUUGUGUGAAUAAAAACAUUUUCAAGACAAUAA